AUGAAUAUGACUGGCCUUCCGGGCUUGCCUCCAGAACUCCAGGAGUUCAUCAUAGACGAUUUUCUUCCACAGCGUUGUUCUAUCUUUCAAGAUAAUCGAGAAUGGUUGGACAAAAGGCUUGUUUGCAGAAGUUUCGAUGCUAUCAUCUCACGCCGAGCAUUCCAAAGAUUAGACUUCCAGAAUAUCUCCGCCGCGGAGCCCCGAUUAACCAGAGACACAAUAGUCUGGCUGCUUCUUCAAAAAGUGAUUUCGGAGAAAGAUUACAGUGAUCUGCAUGACAGAAAUCUCCAUCCGCUUCUACGAAAGACUGUUGUUUUGUGGGGUCGGUUGCUGUUGAACCAGCUCGCUGUGAUUUGUUAUAUUGGCAAUGAAGACAUCGUUAGAUCACUGGUCGCUCAAGGCAAUGAUGUGAAUGCAGAGGAUGAAUUCCUUGGUACUCCGUUGUAUGCGGCUACUCACAGCGGACAAGAGGGAAUCAUUGAUAUCCUACUCAAGCAUGAAGCCAACCCAAAUGUGAGGGGAUACUCCCGCGCUCCCUUGGUGGUGGACACACGAGAUGACGAGGAGAUUGAUGUCAAUUUGAAAUGCGGUGGAAUGUCUCCUCUUGCGGUCGCCGCCUCACGCGGCCAUGAGACGGUAGUGCGCUGGCUUCUGGAAAAGGGAGGACUUAUGGGUCGACCUGGAAAACCGGAUGCAUUGCCCGUUAUGCUACUCUUAGACAAACUACAUGUCGGUGCGGAUGACUACAAAUGGAACUCCAGGACGUUACUAUGGUGGGCAGCUUCUUGGGGCCACCCGUCUGUUGCCCAGAUGUUGCUGAGCCGUAGUGAUGUCAACCCUAACUAUCACAGGGGUGACGGUGAUACGCCAUUGUGGGAAGCUGCUACAUAUGGACACAUUGAUGUGGUGGCAUACCUGUUACAAAGGCAAGAUAUUGAUCCGAAUAUCCCUUCCUGGACCCCUUCUAAUACGACACUUUGGACGGCACUUUGGAGGCGGCAUGCAAAUAUCUUGGAUCUGUUGUUGCGUUGCAAGGCAGUGAAUCCGAAUUCGAGAGGGCAUGAUAUGCUUACUCCUCUGUCGGGUGCUUGCCUAUCCGGUCAAAUGCUCAUGGUGAAGAUGUUGCUGAAGCGAACGGAUAUCGAUGUCAAUAAAGCGGACUGCUGCAUUCGCACGGCUGCAUCAUAUGCUUGUCAAAUGGGCUAUGAUGCCAUCCUCCAAUUACUUCUAAAGCGGAGUGAUCUUGAAUUGGACAAGCCAGAUGAUGAUGGUCGCACACCCUUGGCUUGGGCAGGGGAAUACGGCCAUGUGAAAGUCGUGCAGCUCCUGCUCGAACACCGACCAGCACUGAUAAAUGUGCAGGAUAAAGAUCGAUCGACGUGUCUUAUGAAAGCUUCCGAGAAAGGUCAUCUUGCUGUUGUUCAAUUGCUCUUGACCUUCAACGCCGAUAUUCAUUUGAAAGACAGGAACCACCACACAGCGCUUUGUAUAGCUCAGCAGGGGCGCUAUCGGAACAUUGAAGCUUGUCUGAAAGAGCACAACAGUACCUCAAGGAUCAAGCAAUUGUCAACGAAAUCAUGGACACCGUUACGAAUCGGAAGUGCCUAG